UCAUCAUGGCGACUGAACCACUUCAUUCUUGGUUCAAAUUUUUGCACCGACCGAAAUCGUUGAUUUCCUCAGGAUUUAAAGGACUCCUGACGACAGUUUGUAUUCCUUCGUAGUUCUAAGAUGUCGAGCAAGGCUACCGAUUUGGAUUUUUGACGUAACACGUCGCAGAUUGGUAGAAAAUUUGCGUUUGAAUAUCUAAUUAGGUUGUGUUUUUGGAGCCAUUUUUUCGGGGAAGGCGGGUUUGGCGCGGACGGACAAAGUGCAACAUUUCCCCUCAUUAUCUGAGGGAAACCCGCCAUUCCUGCAGCGCCUGCUGUUUUGGUGAGGAUCGACGGCUGCCUGGCCGUUAUAGCUGAGAUUUCAAACCCUACUAACAGUCAUGGAGCGGAGGGCGCCAAAGCGACGUAGAAGUCGUAGUGAUGGCAGCGAUACUGACGAUGAAGUGUCUAGAGCUGUCUUUCCAGACAGCCUGCAGGGCCCCAGUAGCAGCACCUCCCAAGCCUCGGGGAGCGUCUGCUCCCUUCCUCUAUCCACCAACGAUUGUGAACAAGACCCUAUCUCAGAUUCCCAGUUCUCUAAGUUUGGCUCGCCGUCAGAGCGCAGCAUACACUCCAACAAGCCUGCGGAGAUGUUCCGUAAGGACCUGAUCUCGGCGAUGAAGCUGCCGGAUUCGCAGCAGCUCCAGCCCGAGGAGUUUCUGGUGAUGACGGACACGUGGAAGCAGGAGUGGGAGCGCGGCGUGCAGGUACCGGUCAACCCGGACAUGUUCCCGCACCCUACCAUGAAGGAGAUCGUUCCACGGGAGAAGCAGGGCUGCUUUAAAAUGCCGCGAAAGUUGUUAAAGUUGUCUGCUCCAGAGAAGGACAGUGAGGGGAGUGUGACCCUACAGCUGGCUGACAACACAUGUAGAUAUGAUCUAGACGAUACUGACCUGCACUGGCUCACCGUGGUCAACACUGAGAGAGAGGUUGCGGGUGAUACAGUCAUUGAUGAGUACACCAUGGAGAGGAUUAUAGAGGAGCUGGAGAACAAGUGCCAUGAGAACAAGCAGCUGACUAUAGAGACAGAGGAGGGUCUGGGGAUUGAGUAUGACGAGGAUGUCAUCUGUGAUGUCUGCAGAUCGCCUGAUUGUGAGGAGGGGAAUGAGAUGGUGUUUUGUGACAGCUGCAACAUCUGUGUACACCAGGCCUGCUAUGGUAUCCAGAAGAUCCCAGAAGGCAGCUGGGUGUGUAGAACGUGUGCCCUGGGGAUCAGUCCCACGUGUCUGCUCUGUCCCAAGAAGGCAGGGGCCAUGAAGAGCACAAGGAGUGGAACAAAAUGGUGCCAUGUGAGCUGUGCAUUGUGGGUACCAGAGGUCAGCAUAGGGGUUCCUGAGAAGAUGGAGCCAGUCUGCAAGAUCUCACAGAUACCUCCCAGCCGAUGGGACCUGAUAUGCUGCUUGUGUAGAGAGAGGACCGGAGCUCCUAUACAGUGUGUGGUGACCACCUGUAAGGUAGCGUUCCACGUCACCUGUGCAUUCCAAAAUGGUCUGGAGAUGAAGACUGUUCUAGAAGGUCCAGAUGAGGAGGUGAAAUUUAAGUCAUACUGUCCGAAGCACACUAAGAAAAGACAAGGAGUCACAGAUGGGGCGUCUGAGACGACUGUGAGACCCUCAUCAACUUUGUCACCCAAGAAGAAGACAGAAGAGGAAAAAAGGAAUGAAAGAGCUGACAGGUUGGAGAGACUAGAGGAGGAGUUCUACACCCUGGUGUCCCCAGGAGAGAUCUCUACAUCCCUGGAACAGCCUGAGGAUGUGGUGGACGUGGUGUGUGAGUACUGGAAACUCAAGAGAAAGGCAAACUUUAACCGCCCUCUGGUGAUGCCCAAGACAGAAGAGGCAGACCUGCUGAGCCAGGCGGAGGAGGACAGUCUGUACCGCAGACUCAAGAUGUUCAUGCACCUCCGGCAGGACCUGGAGAGGGUACGAAACCUGUGCUACAUGGUGGGCAAACGGGAGAAGCUCAAGAGGCAGCAAUGCCGGGUCGCCGAGGAGGUAUUCUACAAGACACUGAAAGUAGUGGAAGAUGAGUGGGAGGACUUGGACAUAAGCACGCUACCGCUGCGCGACCCCAAACCAGAAAUCAUCAGUGAACAACAUUCCACAGAAGAGCCCAUGGAGGAGGAACUAGCCUCAAAUUCACAAGUGGAGGAACAGAAAGACUCUGAAAGUCCGAGGAACGGGCUGAGCAUUCAGAUGGAGCUGUUAAGAGGCAGUGCUGACAAAGGGAAGGCCAAAUACAGCUCGAAACACAGAUCGCGGGACCGGGCAAACGGGCGCUUUCUCCCGCAGCACGAAGUGACGAAAAGGAAGCUAGAUGAAUACAUAGCUUCGAUAGACACAACUCCGAAGAAGGGCAGGAGUCCAAACCAUUCCUCACCUACUAGCGUCUCAGGGCACCAAGAGGGGAGAAGAACGUCCCCCAACGUUAAAGGCAAGUCAGGGUCACCUCCAAUCAAAGCUUCAAGAUCUCCAUCAAGGAGGUCGUCUCCAAAAUACAAGAACGACACACGAUCAUCCCCUCCAAGUAGGGAGUCUUCUAGAUUUUCCCCGUCGGCAAGAGAAGUGAAAAGAUCACCCCCCGCUCUGGAGAGACGAACCUCUCCCAGAACUUCUCCCAAAGUGAAAGAAAGUAACUCCCCCAAGUCAGAUGCGCUAUCGCCCUCCCACUACAAAAGUUCCAGAAGUGAGGACGGUAAAAAGUCGUACAAGGAAUCAGCACCAAGAAUAAGCCUAAGCAACCUUAGUGGAUACAGAAUUCCCAAGAAAACUAGCCCUAAUGCAGUAAACAAGGCAAAAAUUGAGCAGAAGCCGGUAAAAUCACCAUUAUCCCAGUCCCCUCUAAAGGAUAGACAGGAGCGCCCGAUGAGGUUCGGAGACCGAGGUCGGGACGGGUAUCGACGGCUCCCCCUCAGUACCUCUCCAACCCAGUUGUCCAAGAAGAGGAUGGACGGUCACUUUAACCAAACGAGCGGCACUCAUCUCCAGUUUGACAAUGUUGACGGGGAGGUAAGUUUGCGUAGGAGCACCAGUCCGACAGGUAGUAACGAGUCCGGGCCCACGCCGAAGAAAUAUCCCACAGUCGUGAUCGACUCGGACUCUGAUAACGAAAUCGACGUUGAGCAUAACUCGGACUCGGAGUCAACGACGGGACUGUCCCACGCAAACCGCCUCUCCAGGUAUGGUCAAAACCUGCCGCAUCGGUCGCCCAAUAGAAGCCUUCACAAUUCCCCCGGGAUGCGAAAUUCUCCUCUAAGUCGAGGGUCCCCCAAUGCUAGGUUAAACAGUUCUCCUGGCAACCUGUCCAAACCAAAAAGCAUCAAGAAUCGAAUAACCGAUGCCGUGUCUCGCUUCUGGAACUCUGGAAGCUAACGUUGGUGGAUCAUGUUAAGUUUUUUAGGAAAGCGUAGCUUACAGCUUACAAGAUUUUCCCAAUCAGAAAAGAAUGUGUUUAGUUCAGGAAAUUUAGCUGCUUAUAGAAAUGUUGAUUAAGUCAGAAGAUAGUGCUGAUAUGAUUAGUUUGGGUUCUAUGAAAGAUGACCGAGUCUUUUUAAUCUUUACAAUGUUGCUGGAGCUACUCAAAGCAGAUAAGGAUCACUUUAACAGAAUGAAAAUUGAAUUACUUUGCUUGACUUCUCAAUUUUCUUGUCAGUUGCUAAAUAUUAUUUUAGCUUAAAUUAUUAUUUUCUCACUUGCAAAUAGAAAUUGUGACCCCAUUUAUGUCUGUUGGAUCCAACCAUGAUAUUGAGUAUGCUACUACCAUGACUUCAUAGUAGUUCAUAGUCAUACCAUUCUACUUGUUUUAUGAAAGCUGCUCUUGCGCAUUGCGGUUUACGUCAUGGGAUCAACUAGUAUUAAAAAUCAUUUGACUAUAUUUAUCAUAUGAAAACCAUAUUGAAGCAUCUAACGUUUCACAAACAGAAGAUACCUUGUUUUAUUAAAGAGAGAAGUACAUGAUCUUGAUCUGUUUCUUGACUAUGUAAUAUGUUGUGACUUGAACCACAGUAUUACUUAACUGUUGAAAUCAGACUUACAAAUGAUCGAAGUUUAAUCUAUGUAUGUAGUUUCUAUUCUUAUCCAUAUUCUGCUCAUUUUACUGUUCUGUUCAUUUUACUGUAUCUUCAGCCAUUGCGCUUCACAUACAUGUAUAGAGUAUUAGAGUCCUGUUGUCAUAUUCAAACUCUAAGCAAUUACAUGACUAUUAUAACACUUCUAUCAUUCAUAGCUGUUCAGAAAUGUCAAAUUGUUGAUAUGCUACUAAAUGUAUGGAAGAUUAAAUGAAAUAUUAAUUUCCUUUCAUGAUUUCUCUAAUGCAUAUUUUUGUAGUUGUGUAUUAAAUACAUGUAUGUAAAAGACUUGUACAGUGUAUAGUUCCAAGAGAGAUGUAAUGAAAAUGAAAAUACAUGGAGACAUGGACUUGACCAUGACAUUGUAUGUGUCAUUCAGUGUUAAUGUCAGACACAGGUUAGAGGUUCAAAUUUCCAGCAACAAAUAACUGGUCACUAUUGA